AGCUUUUAUCGAAUUCGUUUCUGUUGUUUUAUAGUGAAUAGUUACUUGGUUUUGAACGGAGUGAUUCAUGAUCGUGGCGUCCUGGGGCCGUACCACGCAACCGAACUGAUUAUACAACCACCGGUCCACGACCACAUUUAGGUGAACUACUUUUCUCAUCUCUGCCGUCAAUCGACACAACUACUCCGGUUUUGUUUCUAGGACAGUCGUUCUGCCAAUGGCUGGCGUUAAAGUUAAGCACGAAAUCCUGGAGGAAUUGAACGGUGACGACAGUGACAAUACGAAAACGAAGGAUGUUUCGGGAGCUCCGGUGAUUGAUAUUGAUAGUUCCGAUGACGAUUCCUGUUCAUCUGGCGAUGGAAUUAAAAAUGGCAAGAGGUCUAGGGUUUCGAGAGGUGUUGACGAAGUUCAUAGUAACAAAAAGAAUAAAUCUGCGGAUGGUGUGACCCUUCCCGCAGGUUUUCUAGAUCGUUUGCCGCCUAAGGAUGCGGCAUUGCAAAAUAAGAAGGGAAAUAUUGUUUCGUCGGAACGGAACUGUAAGCAGUUUUGGAAAGCUGGCGAUUUCGAAGGAGGUUCCGGAUCUUCCAGAUCUUCCGGUGGUGGUUGGGAUGCACCCGCAGGUGGUAUAGAUCAUUUAAGGGUUCAUCCAAGAUUUCUGCACUCCAAUGCAACUAGUCAUAAAUGGGUUCUUGGAGCUUUUGCAGAACUUCUGGACAAUUCACUAGAUGAGGUCUGUAAUGGUGCUACUUAUGUCAAGAUUGAUAUGCUAACAAACAAGAAAGAUGAUAACAGAAUGUUGCUGAUUGAAGAUAAUGGUGGUGGGAUGGACCCAGAUAAAAUGCGUCUAUGCAUGUCUCUUGGCUUUUCUUUGAAAAGCAAGAUCAAAGAUGCUAUUGGACAAUAUGGGAAUGGUUUCAAAACAAGCACCAUGAGGCUUGGAGCUGAUGUUAUUGUCUUCUCUCGAUGCUCUGGGAAAAACGGAAAUAGGCCUACACAAAGCAUUGGUCUAUUGUCCUACACAUUUCUUCGGAGCACAGGAAAGGAAGACAUUGUAGUUCCCAUGCUUGAUUAUGAAAGACGUGAUCGAGAAUGGAAGAAGAUGAAACGAGCAUCAGCAAGUGAUUGGGAUAAAAACGUCGAGGCAAUGGUACAAUGGUCUCCUUUUUCAAGUGAAGCAGACCUCUUGAAACAAUUUGACAAGAUGAAAGAUCAAGGCACUCGCAUAAUCAUUUACAAUCUGUGGGAAGACGAUCAAGGCCAAUUAGAGCUCGAUUUUGAUGCCGAUAAACAUGAUAUUCAAAUUCGAGGUGUUAAUAGAGAUGAGAAAAGUAUAGAAAUGGCAACACAGUAUCCCAACUCUAGACACUUCCUUACAUAUCGCCACUCUCUCAGGAGUUAUGCAUCGAUUCUGUAUCUAAGAGUUCCUCCUUGCUUCCGGAUGAUUCUGCGUGGGGUUGAUGUGCAACAUCAUAAUAUUGUAAAUGAUAUGAUGAUGACAAAUGAAGUGACAUAUCGUCCACAGCCUGGUCUUGAUGGGGUUCCCAAGGACUUAAAUAUGGUUGCUACAGUUACUGUGGGAUUUGUAAAGGAUGCAAGGGCUCAUAUCGAUGUACAAGGAUUCAAUGUUUAUCAUAAAAACAGACUCAUCAAGCCAUUUUGGAGACUUUGGAAUGCUGCAGGAAGUGAUGGUCGUGGUGUCAUAGGUGUAUUGGAGGCUAAUUUUGUUGAACCAGCUCAUGACAAACAAGGGUUUGAACGCACCAAUGUUCUUUCAAGACUCGAAACACGCCUCGUUCAUAUGCAGAAGACAUACUGGAAUGCAUACUGUCACAAAAUUGGGUAUGCGCCACGUCAGCACAAGAAUAAACCGGAAGACCUAGAACCUUCUCCUAAUUACAGAGAUGACCCUUCUUCUAAAAAGAAGAAUAAGAUACAUGGUGUAGGUGUUGGCUCUUCUGAAUCAACAUCACCUAUGUUUCAAAACAUGCGUGAUAAUGAUUUGAAAACAAACAUGACUCCUAAACAUGCAAAUGCAAAUGGAGAUUAUUAUUCUCAGAGAGAUUCAUCAGGUCAAAAGACUCGUUUGGUUUCAGCUCUUGAGGUCAGGCAUCCAGAUUAUUCUCCAAUCCAAAAAGGAAUGCAAGUUGUGACACGUGUUCCUGGUGGUGUUAAUGGAAAUGAAACUGCUCUUUCAAAUAAUGACACUCAGAGGUUGAAUCAAUUGGUUGAAGAAAACCGUGAGUUGAAGGAAAGAUUGAAAAGACGUGAAGAAGAGGUAUUAGGUAAUCUGCUUCAGGAUCUAGAAUCUGAAAAGAAUCGUUGCAAAACACUUGAAGCACAGAUUGAAGAGGAAAAACACAAAUAUGAUGUUUUAAACAGGGAGCAAGAAAGUAUCAUUGCUAUAUUUACAGAGGAGAGAGAACGUAGAGACUCUGAGGAGCAAACACUGAGAAAGAAGUUGAAGGAAGCGGAAGCUACAAAUAAGAACUUGGUGGAAAAGGUGACACAGUUGCAGUUGGAGAAGAUGAAGAGUCAGGGGCGCAAGUGGGGCCAGUAGGAGGAGCACACAAUGUAUGUAACGUCUGCUAGUGUCUGUUAUUGCAUACUUUGCAGAUGUUUUAGAGUUUUUUAUUUUAUUUUAUUUUAGAAGGUAUGGAUGGUUUCAGUUUGUAUGAAAAAUGGAAGGGUUGUUACUUGUUAUGGUUGUAUCUACUUGCUACCACGCUGUUUGCUUAAGUCACGUGUCAUGAUUUGUUGCUUAUUUAUGGGAUAGUGAUUGCUCAUAAUAUGUUUCAAAUUAAAGAAAGAGUUAUUGUA